AUUGCACGCCGUCACAAUGGAAACGGUCCUGGAGGCAGUAACGUGCUUAACAACAAUCACGGUCACGGUGCAGCGUUGCCAGACCGAGGACCUGGACCGGGACCGCGUAGUGGUAGCAGUGGACGUCUACCGAGCACCGCCACCCAAUGUGAUCAGAUCCGUGAGUAUGGUGGACCGGUCGGAGGAAAACCGCUUGGAUAUUGUGCAGCCGCGGUGCCAUCGUCCCCACCGGAGAACAAUAACUUCUCCGCACUACCGGGUGGGUUCCAGCGUAACACCAGCACACCGUCGGGCAUUCCGGUGAUGGUGAUGCACCGGGCCAAGUCGCAGGAUCGGUUAGCGUACCGAAGUCGCCGGCCGGGACGAACGUUCGGUGCGAAUGGUGGUGGCGCCGGUCAUCAUCAUCACCACCACCAGCAGCAGCAGCGUCCACGAUCGUUCUGUAGCAACAAUGGUGCCUAUCCGGACUAUGUGAUCCUGGAGCACCCAGGGAACUAGGGCUGUAACACUAGAUCUAAGCACGCGUCAUAAAAAAGAGCGAUAGCACGACAAGCCGAUAAGGAGGCGCCAACGUGUCUUCGUGCCAACGUGAAGAUUCCCCCCACUAAACCAUCCCCUUCCCGGGUGAGUGAGGGAAUCGAAGAGUCCUUCGGGACGGUGAAUUAUUGAUGGCGGAAACAAGUCGCCGCGCUGGCGUUCGAAUGAAUUUCCUGUCGCUCCGAUACUUCCCCAACUUCUCAUCCCGACAUCCAUUUCCAUGGGCUCCCUUUUCGCACAGGAAGCAGCGUGUCGCCAGUGUCGGAUUGGGUCGGCCAGGUCGAUACGCGCCUGUGGUGUGGCGUAGAAGGCAGUGGUUUGUGAGAGAAAUUAUUGUGUCACUACCGCCGAAUGCCCCCGUUCCAUUGCGUUCGAACCGACUAAUGAUGGUUUAGAACUGGAUAAGUUCUGUAUUUCCUUUUGUGUGUCCUUUUUUUUCUUCCUUCUCUUGGGUGAGGUUGUUAUUGUUGAUUCUUGUAUUUCGUGAAUUUUACCCAUCUGUUACGACCUCCUUUCAUCAUCGUGCCCGUGCCAUCGCCGUGGCACAAAACUGAGCUUUUGAUGGGAACUGUUUGAGGUUCCCGGGACACGACUAUCUGUGCGUGUGUGGCCGGGGACGAUGGUGUGGUGAUUAUUUCUUCCAUGAAGAAGUGUUGCGUGAUAGCACUUAGCGGGCAAAGGUCGCGCGGUUUUGUCGCAUCCACGAUUUAUGGUAUUAAUUUCCAUCCAAGGAUUUGCCCUUACGCAAUCGGGAACUUUUCGGUGAGAAGCAAAUUAAUGACGGGAACCGGCUGUAAAUGCUCUACCAACGGAGAAGUAAGACGCGCUAGAUUAGGAGAUUUGUAAAACCUGGAAUUAAGCAUCCCCCUUUCUGUAGCGAAAUUCUUCAAACUGUGGCGCAUAUUUCUGCUUUUUCUCUCGUGCGAGUUGGAGAAAAAGUUAAUGAGAUAGAAUCGGAUUGAGUGACGGUUUCGGUGUACGCGAGGUCAUGUGUAUGUGGCAGAUUUUACAAUCCCAAACCUCAUAUAUUUGUUUGAUUAAUUGAUAUGCAGCAUUGAGCGUUCGAAUCAAUGAGAAGUGUGUAUCAGCGAGUGCACCGUGUACGAGGCGCCCUUAAAUGAUAACGUUCUUUUUUCGUAAUUUUUGUUUUACUAGAGCGUUUGGUUACUAUUACCAUUAGAAUGGUUCUUACCGUACGUAGAUUAGAAACAAAAACUAUAUUUGCCCAGCUUAUGGUUUUCCUUUCCGCGCACUCAUUAUUCUGAAAGUGUUGGGAAGUUAGAUAAUGUUCCUUAAAUACUGUCUACAUCAAAGUCGUCGUUGGGAAAUUGACGGAAAUUAUUGUGCUUGAUUUGGUAUGUUUAUGUAUACGUAGACAUGGCUAUCGGACUUUGUAGAAAGUUCUUGUUUUAGUAGUACAGGGAUUACUUAAACAACUUUAUUGUUCCACUAUCGUCGUGACUCCGUUGUGAACUAGUUAGUGUUAUUAAAUAUAUAUAUGCAUCGUAGCGGAUAGAUGAUCGUACUGUUUGAAUUUUCCUAUCGAUCGAAGGACGAACCCAGGAGAUUCGUUUCUAUCGUUACAUAUGACUGUGUUAUAGGCUCUGUUUUCCUUUUGUGUUGUUUUAGUAGACAAUAAGUAAUAGGACGAAUAGCUACGAAUACUUCUCAUUCAACGAAAGCUCCUCCAAAAGCACCCUGGGAAAAAGUGAACAAAUUUUGAUUUGUUCGUAACGAUUGUUAUGACGUCGUCUGUUUGUAGCGGAACACGAAACUAGCAAAACAUGUUAUCGGUAGCAGCAGUAGCCAAAAGCGCAACAUCAGCCGUAUUUCUAGCCAAAUUAGUGCGAACCGCAUUCGCAUGGACAAAAUGUGUAACGAAACAUCUUGCCACGGGCGACAACUCGGUAAUGUCGCAAACCAAAGCCCCCCAAGUUUGGGGGAGAAAAAAAGCAUAGUAGGCCGUAAAAGCGUGUAGAGAUAAAUAGUAGACUAGCGAACGAAGAAAAGAUAUGUGUUUUAUAUUCACUUAAGAUUAAGGCGUUUUUUUUGUUCUAUACACACCUAGCGUACGUUUACAGGCACUAUUACUCGAUUUGUUUGUUUAUUCCCUUACCCUCAAGCACUCAGCAAUGUUGCUUGUUGUAUUUUUUUUUUGUAAAGAAAUGUUCGAAUCAUUCGUUUGAAUGUACAAAGCAUACUGAAAAUAGGUACCGAGUGAAGUGGAACGACCCACAUUAGUGAUAGUGAUUUAAUUGCGAGAAUUUAUUCCUAUAUAAUACUACUUCCUUGCGUAGGGCGUACAAUGAGCUGAAUCAAAACACGUGUGUUAGCGAAGACGGAUUCUCUUACGACAUUUGUUUAAUGUUGUUUUACUUUUUGGUUUCGAAGCCAUUUGAUUCUAUUGUUUUUCUCUUAAGAAAAGCUCAGCGACAUUCAACGAAAUGAAAGCAAUGAAUAUAAAUAAAAGAAAGACAAAGAUGAAAAACACAUAUUUUAAUUGGGUGAAUUUACUAUUCAUUUUCGAGUUGUGGAAUU